AUGCUGACCUCUUCCCUCGCGGCUCUGUGCCUUUGGCUUAGUUGUGUACCUCUCGUUCUUGCACAACUGACCGGACCUGUUGGACCACUCACACCAUUGGCGCACAAGACCAAAAUCUGCAACAUCUUGGACUACGGAGGGGUAGCAGACAACACCACCAAUGUCGCACCUGCCAUCCACAAAGCCUUCGCCGAAUGCGUUCAAAGGUCUCCAGGAACAGUUCUCUACGUUCCGAACGGCAACUACCUUGUGACCGAGUCGAUCGUCCUCGCCAAUGCAACCAAUUGGGCCUUCCAGCUCGACGGCUUGAUUACGGUGGCAUACGGACCCAACUAUGCUGUCCCACGGGAGGUUGCCCUUUGGGGCAUUCCUCCAGAUCCUGUGUCCAGAGCAAACACCAUUGACGGCGAAGGCGAUGGUCGCUUCCUACUGGACGUUAUAUUGAUUGUCAAUGCCAACGACUUUGAAUUCCAUUCCAGCGACGGUCGCGGAGCCAUACAAGGUCAAGGAUACUUGUACCGCAACGCAAACAACGCUGUUCGGCCACGUCUGAUACGCAUCAUUGGAUCGUUCGAUGCAAGUUUUCACGACUUGAUUCUCGUCGACAGCCCGCAAUUCCACAUCAUAACCGACUUUUGCGUCAACAUCGAAGUCUACCAUUUGACCAUACGCGGAGCGAACCUUGGGAGUUUUGAUGGCAUCGAUGUCGUGGGCCAAAAUUGCUGGAUCCAUGAUUGCGAGGUCACCAACCGAGACGAGUGCGUGUCGUUGAAGAGUCCAUCGCGCGACAUACUGGUGGAAAACUUGGUUUGCAAUCAAGCUGGAUCCAGCAUCUCGAUCGGCAGUCUGCAUGUUGGGGCAAUCAUUGAGAACAUUGUCGCUCGCAACAUCUCUGCCAUUGGCGUAAGCAAUAUCAUUUUCAUCAAGACUUAUCCUGGAGGGAGUGGAUUCGCUCGGAACAUGUUGUUCGAAAACUUCAGGAGCAAGGGCUCUCUAUAUGGAGUCACGAUCAACCAAUACUGGAAGAAGAACGGCGACGGGGAUACCAGUGCAGUGAAACUUAGUGAUAUCACUUUCCGCAACGUCACCGGCAGUCUGGUCAACGGGUCCCACAGACCGCCGUUGUUCUUCGUGGCCAACGACUUGGUCAUGACCACCAAUAUCACGGUAGAAGACGUGACACUGUGGACGGAGACGGGAACGGAGGUCAUCAACAAGAUCAACAACGUCUAUGGCCAUGGCGACAGCAUAUAUGGUCCAAACGACGGCCUGGGCGAUCCCAACUCCAAGCUUGUACCCUUCAACAAAACGGCCACUGUCACUACACCUCCCGAUGGCUGGACACUUCCGAACGACCCCUCGUGGGCCCUCCCGGCGGUUGGAUAUGGAACGGACAGCGAGAUUCCUGUGUAUGCUCCGGCUCCAUUGUGGAAAGCAAAGGGUGAUUACGACAAGCAUUACUGGGGCAGCUUUUAG